AUGGUGGUGAUGGGCGUUUAACAGUGCGGUUUGAAGGAACUUCUUCCCUCUUUUGUUUGUUUGCCUUGAAUUGGCAAUGGCUCGUUGAGAUACGUGAAACAUCUCCCAAGUGAAGUAAAAAUUUAAAUAGUUUAAAUAAAACAAAAUAAAAACUUUAACUCGCAUUUAUAUACCAAAAAUCAUCAAAUGUAAUGGCUGCACAACGGCACUUGUCGUUGUUAUUUGCUAACAACGCUGCUCAACAAUAGUAGUCUGGCAGCACAGCAUCACUUGCCUCUUUUCUAUCUUUUCACUGAAGUUCUCAAAGUUCUAAACAACAAGUUCUAUAAUUUUUUUUUCUCCUUUUGUUUUUCAAGAAAGAAUUAUGGCCUUCAAAAUGGGUUCUCCAUCAAAUGCAAUGGGAGUAGUAGUAAUGAGUCAAAAUUGUGGAAGAUCAGCAGUUGGGUGUCUUAAAGUAGUGGGUGAUGGAGGUGUUGGUGGUAGGUUCCCUUCAUUUCUUCCCAAAGAGAUUGAGAAAAUCAAAGACCCAUUUGCCAGAGCUUUGGCGCGGAGGAUAGAGAGGCUUCCUGUACCUUUGCAGAUUGGAGUGUCGGAAUGUUGUAUAAUGAGUAGUUGUUUAAAACCGCAUAUGCAAUUUGAAAAACAUCCUGUUGUUCUUCUCCAUUGCUUUGACAGUUCUUGUUUAGAAUGGAGAUGCACAUACCCCUUGCUUGAGCAGGCUGGUCUCGAGGCUUGGGCCAUUGAUGUUCUUGGAUGGGGGUUCUCUGAUUUAGAAAGGCGUCCACCUUGUAACGUAGCAUCUAAGCGUCACCAUCUAUACCAGCUUUGGAAGUCCUACAUCAAAAGGCCCAUGGUUUUAGUUGGACCAAGCCUUGGUGCUGCAGUUGCUAUUGACUUCACAGUCAAUUAUCCAGAUGCUGUAGAAAAGUUGGUUUUGAUCAAUGCAAGUGUAUACUCGGAAGGCACAGGACAAUUGGCGAAGUUGCCUAAAAUACUCGCAUAUGCUGGGGUUACUUUACUGAAGACCUUCCCCUUGCGUCUUUGGGCAAAUAUAUUAGCCUUCAAGGGGGUUCCAUUGUCUAUAAACAUAGACUGGACUAAUGUUGGCCGCUUACAUUGCCAACUGCCUUGGUGGGAAGAUGCAACAGUCAACUUUAUGGUUAGUGGAGGUUACAACGUUAUUUCUCAGAUAAAGCAGGUAAAACAGAAAACACUCAUAAUCUGUGGUGAGAAUGAUCAGAUUGUCAAUGGUCAGCUUGCAGUGAGGCUGCAUUCUGAGCUACAGAAUGCAAUUCUGCGACAAGUACCUGAUUGUGGUCACCUCCCCCACGUCGAAAAGCCUGAUCAUGUCGCCAAGUUGAUUGUUGAUUUUGCUAGAGGUGAUAAUUGAUGACAAGGCAGGCUACAUAGAGACAUAGAAGGUUAUCACUAGCGAUAACCCUGUUUGACGAUCAAUGCUGGUAAUUGCCUUCGUAACACAGUUUAGUAUUGUCUUGAGAUAGGUAAAAGGAAUCAGUCUUUUGUGAAAAUCAUUCUGAUAUUUAGGGUAUAUUGUCAUUCCGUAUGGUAGUUCCUCAUUUGGCCGUGUAAGAAUAAAAUUUCUGGAUGAGUUAACUUUGGCUGUGCAUGCCAUAGAGCCUCUAUGAUGAGCUCCAAAAUUAUUCUGGUCCCUGACUUUUGUUUUUUUGUUUUUCCUUUUGUCCCUGACCUUUUACAUUCUUAAAAUU